AGUCCAUAAAAUAUCUUUUGAGCUAAAAGACAUCCAAGUCCAUCUAAGAGAGAAACUAGGGUUUAGGGAGGGGUUAUGAAAUCGUAUGAUUCUCCACCUUGAUCUCCUUCUUUCGCCUUGCUAAUCUUUCAAGGGAGACCUCGAUUUUGGUUCCGGCACGUCUAGGACAGAAAUUUCCGUACAAACAUUUCCACCGCCUUAAGACAUCGCCCGUUCAAUCUCUUCGUCUGGUACAAGGCUGCUUUUGUCCACGGCGAUGGAUCCCAUGGAAUUUUUUCGUCCCAACUCUUAUUCUAAAGCAGCAGCUGGACCAAGAGUGCAAACUGCUUAUGGGAAUUAUAUAACUACCAUUCGGCAACCAACCGCCGUGACUCACUCAUGCUGUGGCAAUUUCACGAGUAGAAAGAACUUGAAUCUUCUCAUCUGCAAAGGCUCUGUAGUAUCGAUAUAUGUCAUGGCCAAUAGUGGAUCCUUAGAGCAUCUAGUGGAUUUUCCCAUGUUUGCAAGAGUCGUUUUCAUGGAGAUUUCCCCUGUGGUCGGAUCAGCUGAAAACUUCCUUUUCAUUGCCAGUGAAAGAGGCGUGCUUUGUACGUUUGGUUGGGAUGUUGUGGCGUCUAAUGUCGUUUCACGACACACAAUGAAAUUCCAACCAACAGUACUAACUCAUGGACUAGGGAAUGAAGCCUAUGAUUACAUUGAUUACGUAAAGGGUGGUACAAUCUCUCCGGAUGGACAAGUUGUUGUCCUCCUAUAUUGUUGUAAAAACAUUUUGAGGAUUGUUGAUAUCGACGAAUCAGGACAAGGCGAAACAAGAUUUAGGAAGAUAUUCUCAACGAGUAAAAAAAUUCUUGACGUCAAGUUUCUCAACAGCGACAAUAAACGCGAUGUUGCACUCCUUUACAUGGUUGGUGUUAAUUUUCGAAGUGGGAUAUACACGAUUGGAGCUGCUAAUCUCCAUGUGAAAAGCUUCUAUCGGCAUGAUAAUACUACCAUCGAGCCUACACUUCUCGUGCCAAGUCUUGACAGUUUUCUCAUUAUUGGAAGGGAAGGUGUGAUCUAUGCAAAUAGUAACGUUGCCAAAACCAUAUUCAUUGGAAAAAUUGAUGUAGAAGCCUAUGGAAGAGUGGAUGAGAAUCCCGAAAGGUGUAUCUAUCUUCUUAGUGGGCAGGAUGGACACCUUUUUUUGCUUGACGUGAAUAUCAAGAAAAAGAUGCUACCAAGACUUGCACUUACGUCAUUGGGUAAAACCCAAACCUCACAAGCUUCUUCUAUUACACUUCUCAGCAAUGACAUCGUUUUUCUCGGCUUUCGUUAUGCUGAGUCGCAGCUUGUGAAGAUGCAUAAGCAUACCCCAGGUCUAGAAGUGCUGAAGAUGUUUGCUAAUUCUGGUCCAGUCAUCGAUUUUUCAAUAAGCAACAAGCCUGUUGGAUUCCGGAAGCUCGUCAUGUGUUCUGGUACGCAUGAGGACAGUAGUGUUGAGGUUGUUAGUACUGGGGUGGGAAUUAACCUAAAGUUGGCUGUUGAUAUUUUAGACGUCAGAAGAAUAUGGUCUCUGAAAUAUUUACACUCUGAUAUGCAUCAUACAUUCCUCAUACUUCAGAUUUUAGGUGCAAAGACUCGAGUGCUUACCGUUAGUGGUAAUGGAGGUUUCAUAAAUUAUAACAUGGCUGGCUUUGCAUAUGAUAAAUGCACGGUAUGUUGCCAUGAAGCUGGGGACGAUCAUCGUGGUGACAAUCUAUUUAUUCAGGUUACUGAUGAAUCAGUUCGACUGAUUAGUUCUAAGGAUGGAUCUUUGAGGACCGAGUGGUUUCCUGAGCCUAGGUCUCAAAUCUUAUUUGCAUCAGCAACUACCAAGCAGGUUAUUCUCUCAACUAGCGACCAGCGGCUAAUCUAUCUUCGAGUUGGUUAUAAUUCACUGGUGGAAGAGAAGCAUCUAGCUGGGUAUGACGUGUCAUGUCUGGAUAUCAGUCCCCUAGGUGAUAAUGCUUCUAGUAGUAAGCUGGCUGUUGUAGGGCUUUGGAGAAAGCGUGCAGUUUUGCUCUUAUCACUUCCAGAGCUAGAAGUUCUCGUAACUGAGCAUUUUGAAUCAAUACCAAAGUGUUUGCUUCUAUGUGAUUUUGAAGGGGUGUCAUAUUUGUUAUGUGCUCUAGUAGAUGGAACUCUUUCCACUUUCAAGUUGGUUAAAAGGCAACUGCAAGAAAAGGUCACCAAGAAAUUGAAGUGUUUCCCUGCAACACUGCGUAGCUUUUUAUCGGGUGGGUUGCCGCAUGUGCUUUUAGCAACUGAAGUAGCACCAGUUUUGAUUUUCAUCAAGGACCAACAACUGCAGUGCACCAUGCUGAAUGUGACAGAUGUUCCAGACGUGUGUCCUUUCCACCGUCCUGAUCUCUUAGAGGGGCUAGCAAUUGUUAAGGAAAAUGGAGUUGUGAUUUGCUCAAUGGGAGAUGUCGAGAGGAAUGCAAAAAUCCCAAUGACAAGCUAUGGUAGACGUAUAUGCCAUCAAGAUCAAACGGAAUCAAAUGUUGUUCUUGUCGAGGAGAAGAAGCAACCAGGAGCAGAGUUUGCAAGACAUUUAGUGCAACUCCUUGACAAAGCACUCAACACGCUAUCAUCCUUCAGACUCAAUGAGGGAGAGCUUGGAGUCUCAGUAAUUAGUUGUUCAUUUGCUGGCCAAGACGAACGUGCAUACUAUUGUGUUGGCACAUCUCGGCCGCCAGAGGGGAGGAUUUUAGUUUUCAGAGUUAGAGGUGGAGAGUUGCGUCUCGUUUCUCAAACUAUAACCAAUGGAGGUGUCACGUACCUCAAGGCCUUGCAUGGUGGACUUUUGGGCAUGGUAGGUGGUCUUCAUUGUCGCUAUUUUGAGUGGCGGUUAAAUGGUGAUCGUUACAGUCUGUAUGAGAAUCCCAAUCUUGCUGGAAUUGAAGCUGGUGGUAUAGAAGAAAGAGUUGCCUUGAUUUCCUCAAGUUCCCAACGGUAUGAGCUGCGUGAUAUUAACAGUCACACCGAGCCACGCUUCAGGACUAGGUUCACCGCCAUACAUAAGCUACAAAAUGACGCUACUUUCUGUUCUGAUGAGCUGUAUAACAUAUAUUCAAGUGCCGGAUUUGGGGAGAAUGGGAUCCCAGACAAGGCACGGCAAUGGUACUGUGGAGAGUUUAUUACGCAGAUGAAGGCGGGGACUCUAGCAAGAAUGUCAGAUGAAGAUUGUGCACAAGCACCAUGUGUUGUUUUUUCAACUGCGAGUGGCCUAAUUGGAGGAAUAGUGUCACUUCCUCCCAAAAUCUACAAGCUGUUGGGUAAGAUUCAGACUUCGAUGAGGAAAUGUACAAUGGGAAAAGGGUGCCCAGAUUUGAAGUAUCCGCACAUAUCUGGUGGAUUAUCAGCCUUGAGCACUAGCACGAGAGAGGAAUUCAUUGAUGGAAACCUGAUUGAGUGUUUUCCCACUCUAUCUUUGGAGGAUCAGAUGGCUGUAGGCAGGGAUACGGAUCUCAGUGUUGACGAGCUCGAGCACAUUGCUGGAUAUGUCACCUAUUUCCGUUGUUGAGGUCUCGAGAGCUUUCUCUCUGUUACUUUUGAGCUAAGCUGCUGCUCUGCUGUCUCUUUAUGUCUGUCGUUAUCAUGAGUGAACCUUUUGAGAUGUUUUGACGCUUUCUUUUGUAAACAAUGACGUUGCGUUCUUCGGUUCUAUUGAACAAUCUACACGAAUUAGUGCUGAAUGCACCAAAACGUUAUCGAGCUAAAGAAGCAUUUCUCUUAUA